UGGCCAUUUAUCAGCCACGCUUCUAUCCUGAACUGUCUGGCUGUGUAUUUAUAUGGUCAGUUUCUUGCAAGCCAUGGAUAAGCUCUCAACCUGGCAGUCUAGAAUUUUUACAACUGAUUGAAGACUAUGGCAGAAGCAAUCACCAGCCCAGCAAAAGAGAGGGUUGCAGUGGUCACAGGAGGAAAUAAGGGAAUCGGUCUUGGGAUUUGCAGACAGUUAGCUUCUAAUGGAGUCACAGUGGCGUUAACGGCAAGAGAUGAGAAGAAGGGUUCUGAAGCUGUUGAAGGUCUUAAGGGAAAUGGGCUCUCCAAUGUGGUUUUUCAUCAACUAGAUGUGACAGACCCAGCUAGUAUUGCUUCCUUUGCUGAUUUCGUCAAAACCCACUUUGGAAAGCUUGAUAUCUUGGUAAAUAACGCAGGGAUUGGAGGAGGGAAAGUGGAUGAUGAUGCUUUGAAGGCCAUAAGACCUGGUGAUGGCAAGACCCCCAAUUGGAAGGAAAUAUUGACUGAAACUUACGAGUUGACAGAAGAAUGUCUGAAAACGAAUUACUAUGGUCCCAAAAGAGUAACUGAAGCGCUUAUUCCCCUGCUUCAGCUAUCCAAUUCUGCAAGAAUCGUCAAUGUUUCUUCCUCCAUGGGAAAGCUGAAGAAUAUUCCUGGUGAAAGGAUUAGGCAGGUUCUAAGUGAUGAUGGUCUCACAGAAGAGAGAUUGGAUGAACUGUUGAAUGAGUUUCUGAAGGAUUUCAAGGAAGAUGAAGCCAUGGAAACAAAAGGCUGGCCUGCUUUCAUGUCUGCUUAUAUAGUCUCUAAGGUAGCUGUGAAUGCUUACACAAGGAUUUUAGCCAAAAAGAUCCCUACCAUCACCAUAAACUGUGUCUGUCCUGGUUUUGUCAAAACUGACUUGAACUACCAGACUGGAGUGUUGAGUGUUGAAGAAGGUGCAGAAAGUGUUGUGAGGUUGGCUUUGCUUCCUGAAGGUGGUGGACGUUCUGGUAUGUUCUUUGUUAAGAAAGAUGAGUCACCUUUUUAAUUUGAAAUGGUUUCAGGAUUUUGCUUGGAGAAGAGAAUAAGGGUUGGAACCUACAGUGUUCUUAUUGUGGCUAGAAAUGGGUACAUGGUAAUAGGGCUGGUGUUGGAUCAUGAUCCAAUUAUAAGAGUUUUUAGAAGAUAUAUUUGAUUAUUUAACUUGCUAUUCUAAUGCUAUCUAUACUUUAUCCAAAAA